AUGCUGCAGAUAGCGCAGCGGAUGCAGAUGCAACUCCUGCCUUUGGGAAAGUAUUCGGGGAAAGGAGAGAGAAAUGAGGCGAAAUUUAAUGAUUUUAUUGAAGAAUUUAAAAUGAGGUAUGGAUACGAGACGGAAGCAACAAAAAUCCGCUACUUGCAUUCCUAUCUGACGGGACUCGCGCUGGAUUCGUUUUUGGGGAUACCAACCCAUGUGCGGGAGAAAGGCACAUUCGAGGAAGUUGUACAUUCUUUGAGGAAAGCGACAGUGGAUUCCUCGCGGAUCACCCGCAUUGAGUUGCAGAAUAAUUUAAGCAAGAUGGAGUGGAGGAAAGGGCAACCGCUGAUUGAGCUGUUUGCUCACAUUGACCGGAGGGUUGCAGCAGCUUAUCCUGGCUCGAUUUAUAGCGACCCAUACUUCAUAGACGAGAAGUGUGGAAUCGCGAUACAAGCUUUGCGAGUAAAUGAAGACCUCGCCACCGGGUUCAUCACUGCGGUAUCCCAGACUAAGAAUGGGGAGCUAUAUAAGGGCCUGAAGAUAGUCGCACUGGAGUAUGAGAGGGCCAGGAAGAGUGUAAAAAAGGCGCCCUCACACAAAAGGUAUUCUCGGACGUCUGCAGGUUCAGAGCGAAGUAGCCCAAAGAAUGGAACACUGCCACCGGAAAUUAGCAGCAAAAUGGCUGCAAAAGAUGAAGGUUGCAAUGAGAAGGAAAGAAAAUUGGGUGGAAGUAAUGCAGUCUGGACAAAGGGCGGCAAUUCAAAACAGGGAUCGCAAAAAGAUGAGGUGACCUGUUUUGUCCGUAAAGGCAGGGGCCACAUGGCGAGAGUUUGUCCGACAGCAGCAAUUCAUCGCCUGUCGAAUGUUAAAAGAGAGGAAGCUGGGCACCCCAAGGGGAAGAAAGUACUUCUGAUUACCAUUCGGGUGCAAAAGUUGGCAAAAGAUAACAAGCCGGACCCGAAAAAUAAACUAGUAAGGACAAGGCUAACCGCAGAAGUUGCCUGUUUUGUCUGUAAAGUCAGAGGACACGUGGCGAAAGCCUGCCCAAUGGCAACAGUUCAUCGUUUUACAACACGUAAAAGAAGGGGAAGUUACACGCCGCAAGAAGAGCGCGCUAGACUUUAA